GCAGGGUUCAGACUGGGACAGCAGCAGCUGCAUCCAUCCGUGAACCGCUGACAUGUCUCCCGUGAAGCUCGAGACUUCGGAUGAUGCUAGGUCUGUGGACAAUGGCAAGGCCAAGGAAUGCAUUACCCCAGCAUUAACGGGACUGGAGACAAUAGAACCUCUGAUCCGCUCUGUAGAAGAGACCCCCGAGCCCAUCUCCACUGAGGUAAAAGGCACCAUUCCCUCCUGGCUCAAUGGCAAACUGCUCCGCAACGGCCCCGGGAAGUUUGAGUUUGGAAACACACACUACAACCACUGGUUUGACGGCAUGGCCAUGCUGCACCAGUUCAAGAUCGCCAACGGCCAGGUGACUUACAUGAGUCGGUUCCUAAACAGCGAUGCAUUCAAGAACAAUAGUGAAAAGGACCGCAUCGUGAUGUCAGAAUUCGGUACCCUCGCCAUGCCCGACCCCUGUAAAAACUUCUUCCAGCGCUUCCUGUCUCGCUUUGAGAUGAUGUUGCCCACGGACAAUGCGAGUGUGAGCUUUGUGAAAUACAAGGGUGACUACUUUGUCAGCACAGAGACCAAUUUUAUGCAUAAAGUGAACCCGGAGAACUUAGAAACAUUGGAAAAGGUGGACUGGAGCAAAUUCAUUGCUGUAAAUGGAGCCACCGCCCACCCACAUUAUGACCCCGACGGCACCACCUACAAUAUGGGCAACUCCUAUGGAAGCAAAGGAGCCCAAUACAACAUCAUCAAAGUGCCUCCCCAGAAGACAGAUGCCAAAGACACCCUAGAAGGAGCCCAAAUACUCUGCUCUAUUGUGCCUGCGAAGAAGUCCCACCCCUCCUACUACCACAGCUUUGCCAUGACUGAGAACUACGUGGUGUUCAUCGAGCAGCCGAUUAAGAUGGACCUGCUGAAGAUAGUCACAUGCAAGCUGAGGGGGAAGGCUUUGAGUGACGGCAUCUACUGGGAUCCCAAGCAGGAUACUGUCUUCCAUCUCGUUGACAAGCAAUCAGGCGAGGUCAGCUCAGUGAAGUACCACACCAAAGCCAUCUCCACCUUCCAUCAGAUCAACGCCUUCGAGGAAGAUGGAUUAUUAAUUCUCGACAUGUGCUGCUCAGAAGACGGCGGAGCCAUCAACAACUACCUCAUCCAGAACUUGCGCAAGUCGGGAGACGCAUUAGAUGAGGUGUACAACACCAUGAGCCGGGUAUUCCCUCGGCGUUUUGUUCUUCCACUUAACGUGGGCGGGGAAAGCCCAUCAGAGCAGAACCUGAACACACGGCCCUCCAGUGCAGCCACGUGUGUCCACGUCAGCAAAGAUAAGGUGUUCUGCCAACACGAGGAUCUCCAUGGAGACGACCUCCUCGAGUACGGUGGUCUGGAGUUCCCUCAGAUCAACUAUCGGAAAUAUAACACGCGGCCAUACCGUUAUUUCUAUGGCUGUGGCUUCAGACACCUGGUGGGAGACUCCCUGCUCAAGAUGGACCUGAAGGACAAGACGCUCAAGGUUUGGUACCAGAAGGGCUUCUUCCCGUCGGAGCCUGUGUUUGUGCCGUCACCUGAUGCCGUGGAAGAGGACGAUGGGCUCAUCCUCUCCGUGGUUCUCUGCCCCUCUCAGGAUAAAGGGGCGUUCCUCUUGGUUUUGGAUGCAAAGAACUUUGAAGAACUGGCUAGAGCCUACGUGCCUGUGAAGAUGGCUUAUGGCUUCCACGGUACCUUCGAGGCCUCUGUAUAAACCGGUUUCUGUUACAUUCAAAGUGUUUCUUCAAUGAGUCUAAUACAAAGAAUACCAAAUUCAGCGAUGAUCAUUAUAACCACUAUAUUCCUGAUGGUACUGACCGCCUGCUGCUCUAUAUGAAGGAAGAUGCAGCGUUCUGUUAAGCCGUGUUUACAAUGCAGCGUGCGGCUCUGCUCGACCCGACUCACUCUGGUACCAGCUCUUUUUCCCGAGGCCGUGUUUUCACUCAGUUUAGGCGGGAUUAUCCAUGAUCUUAAGCGAUAUACUCGGUGAAUCCUUUCACUGUAACCAAACCAACACACCUCUGCACAGUGUACAGCAUAAUGUAGGUUGUUUGUAGUGUAUGCCGUAGUUGUGCGAGUUAUUAACAAAAAGACUUGGGUAUUAAUUAAUUAAAUAUUAUGGUUGCUAUUGACUGUAGCAUUUGGUGGUAUCUAGCAGUGUGGUCACAGAUGUAUCUUAUAGUACUUUACUAAACAAAUGGUUUGGUUUGUGGUAACAUCAAACCCAGGCUAAAGGCUAAAGAACCCCAAUAAACUCAAUGUUUUCUAUUAUUAUUAAUUACUAUUAUUAUUGUCAUACUUUUAUAUCAACCUUUAACUGGUACUCGUGAGUUAUUAUACUCGAGAAAUCAAACUUUUUUUCAAGUUUCAUUAUGAUAUGCUCCAAACACCAAAAGUGUCAAAUUAACAUUUAAUUUCAAUAUAUUAUUUUGUUACUUGAACAUUGUAUGUCUAAUUAUAUUAUAUUUUGAAUACAGAGUUCAAACUAUUUUCUACUUUUUUGCCAAUAAAAUACUUAACCUCCA